UUAAACCUCAAAGAACUUUCGAGAAUAAUUUAGUACGUAAAAUUUUUACCAUUAAGCUAUGAGUGUAUGUGAAGAACAUCUUAACAUUACAAUAGAUGAGAAUGACAUUAUUGUUGGUGCUAAAGAUAUUAUAAAAAGGAUUAGACCAUCCUGGCCUUUACAACAAUUGCAUUUCAAGGUAUUUACUAAUGGAAGAACAAAUAAGUUAAUAGGAAUAUGGUACACGGAACAUUAUACAGAUAUGAUUCUGAUUAGAAUUUAUGGCAAUAAUUCGGAUUUACUGAUCGACCGAAAAAGCGAAAUAAAAAAUAUCCGGAUAUUGAAUAAGGCUGGCUAUACUCAUUGCAUUUAUGCUACAUUUAACAACGGAUUUGCCUAUGAAUUCCUGGAAGGUGAAACUCUAACUAUUGAAAUAAUCAAAAAUCCAAAAGUAUACCCAUUAAUUGCAAAACGUAUGGCUGAAAUGCAUAAUCUUAAAUUUGAAAAUGGAUUUAUAUCAGAAGAUGCUUUUAUUUGGGAAAAAACAAAAAAAUUUAUGCAAAUUAUACCCAAAAGAUUUUCGGAUUCUCUCAAGCAAACAAAGUUUGAAAUGUUGAUACCAUCCUAUGCAAUAUUGGAGAAAGAAUAUCAGCUAUUGAAAAGUACACUUUCUAAAGUGAAUAGUCCUGUAGUAUUCGCUCAUAAUGAUCUUCUAUUAGGAAAUAUACUGUACAAUCAAAAACAGGAGAGUAUCGUUUUUAUCGAUUAUGAAUACACUGCAUUCAACUAUCAGGCGUUUGAUAUAGUUAAUCACUUUACAGAAUUUGCCGGUUUUGACGAGCCGGAUUAUUCUUUAUAUCCGGAUGAAAAUUUUCAAAAAAAGUGGUUGAAAAAAUAUUUACAAAUAUACAACGCGACGAUUAAUGUAUCCGAAAAAGACGUUGACAAAUUAUACUGGCAAGUUACUAAAUUUACUCCUUUGCCACAUUUUUUUUGGGGCUGUUGGGCUCUCAUCCAGAGUGAAUAUUCGCAUAUUGAUUUUGAUUUUUUAGAAUAUGCUGCAAUACGUUUCAACGAAUAUUUUAAAUGGAAGGAA